ACCUGAUAAUUCUUUGGAUUUUGGUUUUGGAGAAUAACCUAUAUACUCACGUGUUUUAGACCCUAGUUUUGCUGUCUUGUACAGUAGGUCCACAUUUGAGAUUUCUGCACAUUAAGUUUACUUUUUCUUUUGGCGCACACAUUUUGUUAAAUAUCUCAUAUUACAAGUGGAAAUGUUUUCAAGCGUCUUCAGUUUUUAGAAAGCCUGGGAGAUUGAUGUUCAACCAAUCCUUGUAUAUCACUUAAUGAGUUUGUUUUGAGACUCAUCAUACCUCACCCUUCCAUGACUGCACAACCCUGACGCAUCUGCAGAGGACAAGACUGCGGCAAUGGAGAGUAUUUCAAAUAAAAGUGAAUUUUGGCAAUUUAACGAAUCCUGGCAGAAUCCAAGUCUCGUUAACGGGACCGGUUUAUUGAAUCAGACGAACCCUCUGAAGCGGAACGAAGAGGUGGCGAAGGUAGAGGUGACUGUGCUCGCCCUGGUGCUGUUUCUGGCGCUUGCGGGGAACCUGUGCGUCCUGCUGGCCAUCCACACCACCAAGCACAGCCAGUCCCGCAUGUACUACUUCAUGAAGCACCUGAGCAUCGCCGAUUUAGUUGUGGCGAUAUUUCAAGUUCUCCCUCAACUUAUCUGGGACAUUACAUUUCGGUUCUAUGGACCGGACAUUUUGUGCAGGUUGGUGAAAUACCUACAGGUCGUUGGGAUGUUCGCCUCCACUUACAUGUUAGUUUUGAUGUCCGUAGACAGGUGUUUGGCAAUUUGUCAACCUCUUCGUUCUUUGCACAGGAUAAAAGACCGUUUUUAUGUCAUCUUUUCCUGGGUCCUGAGCCUGCUCUUCAGUAUCCCGCAGAUGUUUAUUUUCUCCCUGAUCGAGGUUGGCUCGCCCGGAUCAGGAGUGUAUGACUGCUGGGGCGACUUCGUGAAGCCUUGGGGAGCCAAAGCUUACAUCACAUGGAUCAGUCUCACUAUAUAUAUCAUUCCAGUGGCGAUACUGAGCAUUUGCUACGGGUUAAUAAGCUUCAAAAUAUGGCAAAACUUUAAACUGAAAACCAGGCGGGAGCAGUGUAUAAGCCUGACACCCAAAGCCUCCAAAUGCAACACACUGGCCCGCGUGAGCAGCGUUAAGCUCAUCUCCAAGGCAAAGAUAACCACAGUGAAAAUGACUUUUGUUAUCGUCUUGGCCUAUAUCGUCUGUUGGACCCCAUUUUUCUCUGUCCAGAUGUGGUCUGCGUGGGAUCCAGCAGCGCCCCGUGAGGCCAUGCCCUUCAUCAUCUCCAUGCUGCUGGCCAGCCUCAAUAGCUGCUGUAACCCCUGGAUCUACAUGUGCUUCGCCGGGCAUCUGUUCCAGGAUCUUAGGCAGAAUUUUUUGUGCUGUUCCACUCGCUACCUCAAGUCAUCCCAGUGCCACUGUGAGCGUGACUUUGACUCCAGUCACAAGAGCAACUCCUCAACCUUUGCCAUUAAGAGCACUAGCAGUCAGAGGAGCAUCACACAGACUUCCACAACAUAAGCACCUGCCCUCUCUUCCCUUCUCUCUCUCUCUCGAGCUGUCCACCCUGCCUUUCACCACAUGCCAUCGCCCAUAAAAUAUCCAGCUGUUCUACUCCUUCAGAUACCUCUCGCCCUGAGCCCUGAAAGAAAAAGACAAAAGUCUUAAAGGUGGAGUCAGCAUUUCUGGAGAAAGAUUGUUGAUUGGAACUCAACACCCAAACAAAUACACCCUCUCCCAUCAGGGACUCACUAAGUGACUGAUUCAAGUAAUUUGUUCACAGGAGGAAUGCCGUGUGUUCAAGACAGCAAAUACACAGCUGAUUGAGGAAGGGUUGCUAUAUACAUUCAGCUGCACCAUUCAGCUGUUACAGCAGUCAUUGUUAUUAUAAUCCAUCCCAAGGCUUGGUAAUCCAUCAAGAAAACACGGAUACUUUCGAAAAAUAAUAAAAGUGAUAAUUUGAUGUUUGAUGCGGGAUUUACGUUAGCCGGCAGAUUCCACAGAUUAGAAGAACACUGAGGCCGAUUGACCGGAACUGUACAGCCUAAUUAGUGCCCAUGUGUAAGAGGGACAAAGUUCGACAAGGUAUGGUUCAGCAGCAUAAAUACAUACAUAAUACAUCAUAAAAACUGGCCUAGUAUGCGCCACCAAGCUCUACCAACGAUAUAAUAGGCCACUCUUAUGUUUAUAUAUUUUACAGUGAAACACAAGAACAGAGGAAAUUGAUUGUGUGGCGCUCAUAAUUCAGCAGCGGUGUUCGACACAAGGUCGGAGUCUCUGUUCAUCUUUUCUCUCCAUGCCCUUAUAAAUGCAUAAGCUUGUUCUGUACAUUAAUUAUUACAAAUAACGUGAAUAGCUCUUGUGUUGUAUUGCUGUUUAAAUGUAGGCUAUUAUAUGGCUAUUAAAAACAAGUGUGUAAUGUAAACCCUGGUUUGAUGUGCUUAUGCAGACUAUACAAAGAUUACUGUUUUUACCUCUCUCAUGUCUCUCGAAGUAGGAAGUAGAACCCAUAUUUUAUUAAAUAAUGAGGUGUCAUAAAAAUAUACAUGUUGUACAUAAUAGGGUAUAAGGACUUCAGCUUUAAGUUUGCAAACGUUACAUAACUCUCUGUUCUCAGUUCACCAGCGAGCUGAACUGAACGUUCAGUUCAGUAAGUGGGACUAUUACAGUUGGAGUUUAGGUCAAGCUGAUAGUGAAUCAGUAGCCUAGCCUACACUUUCCCCAUCCCUACUUUUUACAUCCAUAGCCUUUCCCCUGUCUUGUGGACGAGCGACAGUGUAGUGUGGUCGGUCCAAACCCCUUUUGUUUGUUUCCCAUUUACAGAGCCAGGGCUGUGUACAAACACCAGAUUUAUUUUCAGCGUGCACACAGAACGGACAGCUAGCGGACCGUGAGAAGAUAUUCGCUGAAUUUGAAGGAAAUGCAUUGGAUUAGAAUCGCUGACUCCACCUUUAAUUAUUUUAUUCACAGUAUUUUACAGUAUAAAGUGUAAAUGGAAUUGUGAAAUAGAAAAAUGUACAGAAUUUUAUUAAGGGUGCGACGUUUUAUUCAUAAAGAUGUACGAGACAAUCAUGGACCAAGCUGAGCAAUCGUUUGUUUUUUCUUGUUUGAGAUGUACAGUAUAUAUUUACAUAUUUGCAGUGCAGUGUAGAGAAAGUAAAGGAAAAGAGAAUAUUUUUAUGCACUGUCAACCUUGGCCAACCAUGCUAUUGAUUCAGUUGUUGUCACCACCAAAGCUUGUGGAUCCUGUUUGUCUGUGAUAUAAUGAAAUUGCUCCCCUGUUAUAAAUACUGUGUACAAUGUUGUUCAUUUUGCUACAUUUGCUCUACAAAUGUUCAUGUAUGAUACAUGUAAACUGUUACUUGAGAUAUUGUUAGAUGUAAGAUGUCAUGGCUGUCACUGGUAAGAUUUAAAAAAGGCUUGAAAAAUAAAAGAGUGAAAGAAGCACAAAUGAAUGACAUACAGUAUAUUAUUUACACCUAUAGCUGAUGCUCAUUAGAGCUCCUAUUGCCUCCUAAAAUCCUUUGCAAGGUUGCUGGAAAUCUUCCAGAGGGAUGUUUGUUGACACCAAAUCAAUUACAUCAUUGAGGUCCUGCAACUUUUCGGCAGCACAUUGCAACUUUCCUGUUCAGCCUCAUCCCCAAAAUGCAUUUUGGGCACUGGAGUCACCUCAAGUGACUCAGAUUACUGGAGGUGUCUUGGGGCAACAUUUGUUGCAUGACGUGGUUCAAUAUCCUGCAGGAAGUGACAAUAAAGGUGAACUAUGGCCAUGGAUUUCUUCUAGCAUUUUUUGUUGCAAAGCUAUUUAAGUGUGAUGCUGUUGUUUAGUCAGUUGUGUUUAUAUUUAAUGUAAAAGUUUAAAGUAUGUGAGCCAUCUAUUAAAGCACAUUGAUUAUCAUUGUCAAUAAUGAGGUGUGACCUGAAUAAAAGCAAAAGUUGCACAAUAAAAACAAUCCAACAAAA